UUUUCCAGCUAUGGCAAUUUAAAUUCCUUCUUUGGCACAUUCCGGAAUAGAAUUCCUUAAUUGUGUAUGCCAAUAAUACCCUUAAUUGUCCAUCUAUAUAAACCCAAUUUAGGCGCGAAACGAUUAUUAUUUCGACCCCGUAUUCUCUGUAGUCUCUAUUCACUCCAUAUUUACACUAACGCAAAGCGAUAGCAAGCGAUCGGGAUUCGGAACCAAAGCAUUGAAUUCACCGGGAAAAGAAGCUGAAAUCGUCUUUUUCAAUCCGUCGUUCACUUUCAACAGAUGACAGAAACACAGAAGGGAGCAUCCUCGACUGUCAAAGCAAAAGACAACAACUCGUUACUUGAUCUGGAUAUUGGAAAUGACUUUCUUAAGUCGUUCAAGUCAGUGUCUAUGGGAGAAGAUGAUGCAAUGGAUUUCGACUUUGGGCCUAUAUCCAAGAACAAGAAAAAGACAUUCAACUUUGACAAAGAGGAUAUGGAUUUCGCUCUUGAUACUGAUUUCGGGAAGAUGUCGUCCUUCAACGUUGACAUGUCAGAUCUUGAUAUAUAUCCCCCAAGUAAAAAGGAUCAAAAAUCAAAGGAGACAUCAAAAGAAGAAUCCACUGUUGCUGUCAACAAAAAGAAAGGAGAUGGCUUCAAUUUUUCAUUUGAUUUUGAGUUGGAUAAUUUCAGGUUUGGGUCAAGUCAGGAGAGUAAUGGCAAAGCGAAGAACAACCAAGAAAAGGAUUGUUUCAAUUUUGGAUCAAGCCAGGAGAGUAGAGAGAAGGCAAAGAACAACCAAGAAAAGGAUUGUUUCAGCUUUGGAUCGAGCCAGGAGAGUAGAGAAAAGGCAAAGAACAACAAAGAAAAGGAUUAUUUUAGUUUUGGAUCAAGCCAGGAGAGUAGAGAAAAGGCAAAGAACGACCAAGAAAAGGAAUUUUCAUCUUCGAAGAGAAGUGGUAAUGAAGGCUCUGGAAGUCAUCUGAACAAAGACAUUGGUUCGUUAGAGGAGGGGACAGUUCAGAAACACACUGCAUCAGAGGCCAGGGUGACUUCAAUUGUCGAUUCUCAUAUUGACAUAGAUAAAAGUCAUGGCACCACAAAACAUAGUUUAUCUUCAAACACUACUAUGAGCAACAAUGAAAUUUUAAAAUUGCAAUCUGCUGGCUAUGAAGUUUCACUGGAAAAAGAGAAAAGUUUAUUACAAGAAAAAAUAUCCACCAGCACUCGUGAAACAGUUUGCCAAGUAGAGGAGGGAUCGUCUUUGAUAUCACAGAGUGAAUCAAAGAGGAAUAAUUCUUCAAGUUUACAGGAACAUGUUAAUUCUGUGGCUGCGGAUGUUAGUCUCUUAGGUGUAGGAACAAAUUCUAACAAAAGGGUGCUUUUGGACUCUGACACAAACUAUGACAAGUCAGUUUUAGAAAAUUUCUCUUUGGAAGAUGUUGCAACCUCAAUGAAAGAUGCUAGUGAUAGGAGAAACUUUGACAGUGAUAAGCACGUUUUGGUGACCAACAAGGACAGGACUGAGACACAUUCCAACAGUAUGUCAAAUGCUACUGAAGAAAAAAUGCGAGACAUGAAAGUCUGUAACAACAUUCAGAGCCCAUCUUCAGAGCCUUCUGCUUCCUCGUUAAGCAAAAUAGUAGCUGAAAAAUUGACAGUAGAGAAAAGAAGAGACUCUGGUGUUAUCAGGUCAAAGUUUUUUAUGCCAUCAAUUAAACCUGCAGCACAGACGCAGACAACAUCACUGACUGAGACAAAUGUUUCUGCAUUUAGUAACAAAAGAAUUGGCCCCAUACCACAGAGUCGUCCAGCUGAAAUAAAAUCUCAAGAUAACAAAGAUGAUGACACUGGGAGCAAGGCUGGUUUUGCCUCAGACUCUAGAUCUCUACCAAAGAUUAACCCUCUUCAGACAGGAAGGCAGGAGGGAUGCCAAGUUUUAGGGACUUCUAUCAAGGGCUCCCAGGCGGAUGCUGCGAAAAACAUAAGAACAUCGACCGCCAAAUCUGCUCCCCAGAAAAGCAAAGCAAGCAGUAAAGUUCUUACUUUCAGUUCUGGGGUAAAUCUUCCAAGCAAAACUCAACAGAUAGCUGCAUCCGUCCCAUGCAGCAUAGCCAUUCCAAGGAACAUAGCUCCGAUUCCAACUGCAAAGAGCACUCUCAACCAAGGAGACAAAACACUUCCAAUUAAAGCUGCCAGGAAUCUUCUAGAGACAUCUAGCUUAAAAAUUUCAGCAAAACUUGGUACAAAUCCUGAUACACCUCAGACAGUGUUGCAAAAAAAUUUGAAGUCCUCAAAAGCUGUGGACCAGCAUGGUGGGUUUAAAGCUAUUUUACAAGCCAAAGACAAAGAGAUGCUGAAGCAAACACCUGUUAACUUGUCUAUGAAGAGGAAAGAACCAGAGACAAAUUCAGAUUUCAUGAUCCUACUUCCAUCAAAGCGUCUUGCACAAUCACCCAAUGGAAGCAGGUUUUUCUAUAAAAUUAGUUACUUUCCAACUUUUCAUCAAGCUGAAUGUAGGCAUGAUUACUCCUCAAUAUUCUACAGGGGAUCCUCUGAAGGUACAGAAAGUAUAUGCAACAAACAGGUUAAUGACCAUGAUCAUUCUGUAAAUGGUAAUAAGACAAUCGAAUAUGAAGAUUGUCAAAUCUCUUUACGUGAUGUUCCUACGAGGAUGAACACCAAAGAGUUAGGAAGCCCUUCUGUGAUAGAAGAUGAGGACAACAUAAAGAAGGCUCAGACUUUGUCAAAGGAUCUUGAAGAUAUAUGCAACAUGCUGAGAAAAAAGCAAGAGGAGGCAAAAGAACUAUUAGUUCGAGCUGUUGUGAACAACAAUAAGCUGCUUCUGCUUAACCAUCCAAUUUAUAGAGAGAAGAUACACAGGGUUCAGAAAUUUGCUGCUGAAUUGAUGACGAGGAAUCACCAAAUAGAAUCACAAUAAGACAACAUAGAGUUCUGUAGUUUCAGGCGGAGUCUGCUGCAUGUUCAAUGCAGUCGCGGAGAAUCUUUUUUCUUUGCUUUCCUCGGGUGAAGAAGCAUUGAUUACACAAAUGUAAAAGAAGACUUUUGCUGAUAACAAACUAAAGUGGUUACUCUCAGAGGCAGAUCUUCCCGCUGAAGGGAAAUCAAACUUCUACUAAAUUUCAAGUAUCCCACAUACAUUUGGCAUCUAAUAAUAUGUCCAUGUACAGGUGUGGGCAGUCUGCUUAUACUGAGAGCACCAGAAGAUAUUGAACCUCUUGUUAGUCUUUACACCAUAAUUUUGUGAUUCUUUACAGCUUCCUUCUCUUGGGCACCUUAUAAAGACGCACCAAAUGAGAUAUUUGUCUUCUAUUACUACCUAUGUGAUUCAUUUCCAAAUACAGGUCAAUAGCCCAAGAUCUGAAGCAACUCUUAACAGUAUGAGCUAAAAGUUGAACUUAUGACGAGUAACAGGCUAAAACACUGAGGAGGGAGUAAGAUAACAGUUCUAAAUUCUAAGGCAUACAUUUUAUGAAAUUACUUCUUGUCGGAAAAAAAUGAAACUGCCCUAUCUUGAGCUGAAUCGUCUUUGGGCUUAUACACUUGGGCCUCAAUUAUUUCUAAGUUCUGACCAACGCAAGUACAUUCAGAGGAGGAGUAGGAUUAAUAUUCGGGUGUAACUAGGACUCCUCAUGGAAAUAAUCUACCUUGCAAUUAUCUUUAGUAUUUAUCUUUUAGAGUUAGUAUUUAUCAUUAGGAUUCGUAUUCGGGUGUAACUAGGACUCCUCAUGUAAAUAAUCUACCUUGUAAUUAUCUAUAGUAUUUAUCUUUUAGAGUUAGUAUUUAUCAUUAGGAUUCUUUUUGUAUAAAGAGAUAGCUUCUCUGUACAGUCGAGGAUCAAGAAAUACAAAGCAAAAUUUAUUCUUCUA